CUGUCCAAAGUCUAAGCCCACGAUCAAAAUGCAAUUUUCAGCCAUAAGACCGAAGUUGCUACGUACCAUCAACGUGGCAACGGCCACCACCUCAUCGUCGCCCCACCACCCUUCCAGUGCCACCACCAGUAAAAGAGCAGCAGAGCAGCGCUGCUUGGCCCUCUUCCAGGACCAUACCUGCAACACUUUUCCGAAGCUCGCCCAGACCCACACCCACAUCCUAAAAUUGGGUCUCCAUAACAACCCUCUCGUCCUAACCAAGUUCGCCUCCACCUCCUCCGAUCUCGACGCUAUUGACUAUGCCUCAUCCUUUAUAUUCUCACCCGACGCUGAUACCCGGCUCUACGAUACCUUCCUUUUCAAUACCAUCAUUCGAGCCUAUGCUCAAACUAGUCAGUCAAAGGAAAGAGCUUUGUAUUUUUACAAUGUUAUGCUUGAUUAUGGAGUUUGGGCAAAUAAAUUCACGUACCCAUUUGUACUCAAGGCCUGUGCUGGCCUCCGGGUCUUGAGUUUGGGUCAAUCCCUUCAUGGAUCGGUUGUGAAAUUGGGAUUUGAUGAUGAUGCUCAUGUUCAGAAUACUAUGGUUCACAUGUAUAGCUCUUGCAGUGGAGGGAUUGAGUUUGCUCGAAAGGUGUUCGAUGGGAUGCCGAAGUCGGACUCUGUGUCUUGGAGUGCGUUGAUUGGAGGGUAUGUCCGACUGGGGUGGUCGACAGAUGCGAUUGGUUUGUUUAGGAAAAUGCAGAUGGUGGGAGUUCGCCCAGAUGAGAUCACUAUGGUCUUGGUUCUCUCUGCUUGUACGGAUUUAGGUGCGCUUGAGCUUGGGAAGUGGGUUGAGUCGUAUAUUGAGAAAGAGAGGGUUCAGAAGAAUGUGGAGCUCUGUAAUGCCCUCAUUGACAUGUUUGCAAAGUGCGGCGAUGUUGAUAAAGCUCUGAAAUUGUUCAGAAACAUGAGCGAGAGAACAAUUGUUUCUUGGACUUCUGUGAUUGGUGGUCUGGCAAUGCAUGGUCGUGGUUUCGAAGCCGUUUCCUUAUUCGAAGAGAUGAUAGGAGCUGGGGUGGCUCCAGAUGAUGUGGCCUUUAUUGGGUUGCUUUCUGCUUGUAGUCACUCGGGGUUAGUUGAAAAGGGCAGAAAACAUUUUGAUUCAAUGACGAAAGAAUUUAAAAUUGUGCCGAGGAUAGAACACUACGGAUGUAUGGUGGAUAUGCUGUGCAGGGCAGGACAUGUCAAAGAGGCACUGGAGUUUGUUAAAAAAAUGCCCAUUAAGCCAAACCCAAUAGUUUUGCGAACCCUGAUCAGUGCUUGCCAUGCUCAUGGCGAGCUCAAGAUUGGAGAGAACAUCACUAAACAGCUAAUCAGGAAUGAGCCUAUGCAUGAAUCCAACUAUGUAUUACUUUCCAACAUCUAUGCAAAAAUGUCCCAUUGGGAUAAGAAAACCAAAAUUAGAGAGGUGAUGGACAAGAAGGGGAUGACAAAGACUCCUGGGAGCACUAUGAUUGAGCUUGAUAAUGAAAUCUAUGAAUUUGUAGCUGGAGAUAAAUCACAAAGACAGUACAAGGAAAUUUAUGAAAUGGUGGAGGAAAUGGGGAGGGAGUUGAAGGGAGCAGGAUAUGCUCCCACCACGUCAGAGGUCUUACUGGAUAUUGAUGAAGAAGACAAGGAAGACGCCUUGAACAGGCAUAGCGAAAAGCUGGCUAUUGCUUUUGCCCUUCUUAAUACCCCACCAGGAACUCCUAUUCGGAUUGUGAAGAAUUUGCGAGUUUGUAAUGAUUGCCACGCUGCUACUAAAUUCAUAUCUAGGAUUUAUAAUCGAGAAAUAGUGGUGAGGGACCGGAACCGGUUUCACCAUUUCAGGGAAGGGUUCUGCUCGUGUAAAGACUUCUGGUGACAAUGCUGAUAAUCUAAUUGUCAUUUCAUUAUUCUUGAGUUUCUAAAUGAAGCCAUAAUUUUUUUGCUUAUGGAAUCUCAUGAGAACUGCAGCGGGAUUAGAUCCUCCUUGACCCCCUCUCAUGAUCAUUCAGGUAACCGUGCCAAAGUUUGAUCCAUCUAUCAACGUUACAACUGGACAAGUUUCUUCCCCAAAGUUUGAUCGGAAGGCCUGUCUGUCGGAAGAACAAAUUUAGGAAUAUAUCCGGUGUGCGACAAAACUGUUGGUGCCACUGAUCUGAAUUCCUUAUUUGAGAGAGAGCCAUGUUACCACUGUGCUUUUUACUCUUUAUAGAGGAUUGGCCUUGGAAAAUCAGUCUUGCCGUGCUGAUCAGGAGGUGGUGCAACAAAUACUCUGACAUAAGGUUUCGUAGUUGAGGUAAGCUCUGUUGCCACAGGACAAGAGAGAAAGCGAGAGAGAGAGAGAUCUACAAUCCAUUGGUUUAGAACCAGCACAAGGCAAUGACGAAAGAGAAGGUUCAACAAACCAGCACAGAGCAUGACUCCCCAAAUGAUAAGAACUAAGAAGUUCCAAAUGAGUGCGCAUUUGUUAUAGUGCAAUCACCGAACUAAAGUUCUGGAGACCUUUAGGUGUAAUAAGCGAGUUUGUGCAAAUACUAAUUCAGUGUUAUAGUGCCU